UUUGGGUUGUUGUUCUGCGCACAGACAGCCAUCAGCAAGCCGAGGAUCCGAAGAAGGAAGCUCCCGAAAGACAUUUUACACCCCUCCUUUUAAUUAUGGGUCCACCGCGGAGCAAAUCUAGUCGCCUGUUAUCCGAAAGAAGGGGGGAACUCAAUUGGUUUGUUAAUUUAUCUUGACAUGGCUCGGGAGGUUUGGUCGGUUUGUUCUGACUGAAGAGCGAAAACAACAGCCGCAGCAAAGAGAAACCAGCUGGUCAUUAUUACGCUUCACCCGACAGGUUUUAGUUCGGUAUUUAAAAGAAUAAAACGCUUGAGGUUUCAUAUGCGGUUAAUUCUUAGAAUAUGUCUGAAAGUGUUAAAAUAGCUGGCUAACAGAGGUAACAUAUCACGCAUUGUCAUACCGUGCCAGUUUAAGUGGAGUAAAGAGGAAGCAGCUCUCAGCCUGACAGAAAUGUAACAGCAGCACCGCUAACAUAAACAACACUGCAGUACAGUACAGUACAUGUGAAAUGUAGCUGAAGUGAAUAAACUGGGCUGUUAAUGGGGACGUGUGAACACAGCUAAGCUAGGAUGGCCAAGCAUAACCCAGCAGAUCGUGGCCCACAAUCAUAAAGGCCAACAUGUCGAGAUUUCUCCGUUGUUGUUCUUGUACAUGGUGCCAACUCCUGCAGGCAUCUCGGUUUCUCUGCCAUGCUCGGCUUUCUCCCUUCUCAUUAUUCCGAAUUUAAUACAGCAAUAUGAACAUAAUCCGGUGCUUCGGAAGAGACUCCAAAGUCCACAGUCAGGUCUGACUCUGUAGGAUUAAUGUAGACAGCCUUUAACUAUCAGAUUUCAACUUUCUCUUCACUUCCAAAAAACAGUCAGCAUGGAUUUCAGUUCAUUUGGUUAAUAGAAUUGCAUUAGUGAGUUUAACGUCUUCAAAUUCUCUGGCCUGUUUCUAAAAAAAAAUGCAGUAAUGUUUGGAGCUGAUUCAAAUAAAUAAGCCCCAAGUGCACUAUCCACUACUGAGCUUAAAAUGACCUGAUUUUGGUUUAAAUAUAUCUUUUUUUUCUUUCGUUAUCAUUAGUGGAGCUUACAGUAGUGCAGGCUAUUUUAUUUCUUUCACAAUUAAAAACCUCAACAAAUUUAACAGCAACAAAGCUUGCUUUUAGAAAGCCUUAAAAUAAUUAUUUGUGCAAAGAAACUACUUUUGUAAAACAAUGGGAGACCCAAACUCUCGCCGAAAUCAGACAAGAAAUCGACUCCGUGCCCAGCUUCGAAAGAAAAAGGAGUCCUUGGCUGACCAGUUUGACUUCAAAAUCUACAUAGCCUUCGUAUUUAAGGACAAGAAAAAGAAGUCUGCUCUUUUUGAGGUAUCUGAGGUGGUACCUGUUAUGACCAACAACUAUGAAGAAAAUAUCCUCAAAGGAGUGAAGAAUUCAAGCUACUCCUUAGAAAGUUCUCUGGAGCUUAUUCAGAAAGAUGUAGUGCAGUUGCAUGCUCCUCGCUACCAAUCCAUGCGCAGGGAUGUAAUAGGUUGUACACAGGAGAUGGACUUCAUCCUCUGGCCCCGCAAUGAUAUUGAGAAGAUAGUGUGUCUUCUGUUCUCCAGAUGGAAGGGAGCAGACCAUGAACCCUUCAGGCCUGUUCAGGCCAAAUUUGAAUUUCACCACGGAGACUACGAGAAGCAGUUUUUGCACGCUCUUGGCCGUAAGGACAAGGCUGGGAUGGUGAUGAACAAUCCAAAUCAGUCUGUGUUUCUUUUCCUGGACAGACAGCACUUGCAGACUCCAAAAACCAAGGCCACAGUUUUCAAGUUGUGCAGCCUCUGCCUCUACCUGCCACAGGAUCAGCUGACCUGCUGGGGGGUGGGCGAUAUCGAAGACCACCUCCGCCCAUACAUGCCAGACUAGCAGAGACAUAGAAAACUCCUCCUAAGGCUAAUUUAGCAAGUCAACCUCAUAUUCAUCCCUCAGUUAAAUAGAACUGAACUUGUGUGGAACUCUCCUUUUUGUUAAUCACUCAUUUUCAUUCUGAGGUUCAUUUCAGUUUGUUGUAUCCCUCCUUCCAGCCAAUUUUGGUUUGAGUCACCACCAUUUAUCCUACUUUUAACCUGUCUGCCUUUAUUUGAACGUGCACGAACAUUAUGAGUGGUUGUUCUCUUGGAGCAGCACUGUCAACAUCACCAAUCAAAAGGAACUCUACAAUGGGGGAAUAACAAAAGCAAACCAAUGUCAGGGUUCCUUAAAUGUUGGCGUCUUGUGUUGGACUGGUUCUGAUAUCACUUUUGUAAGUGGAUAGUUGAUUUGUCUUUAUCUUUGGGGGGAAAGGUUAUUUAAGGGUAAUGACAAUCAGUGGCAGGAUUAAACAGCCUUCAUAGUGAGAACAUAAAGGCUCAUUUUAUUAGGCAAACUAUUUUUGGGGUAGACAUUGCUCCUCGUUAUUUUCAACUGUCUGAGUUUUGCUGGACAUUUUAUGUUGUCGUCAUUCCUUGCUUGUAAGAUGCUAAGUGUUUGUUCAUUUUGUUUUUCUUUUGUCAUUUUUGGAUGAUUUAAUGCCUGAAGGGUUGGAGAGGUUACUUUUAUCUUAAAAAUGGACAUUAAGAAGUUGGUAGGGUGAUUUUGGGUUUCUAUGGUGUUGGUAUUUUGAUCAGUUUACCAAUCGAACAAUACAUGCACUAUUCUUUCGUGCUACUGAUAGCUGAUUUUUUCUUCAUUGGUGGAUAUUCAGAAGGUAACUAACACCUGAUUUUCAUUUACCUAAUAAAGAGUACUAUAAGUUACUGUGGGGAAAACGUAAUCCAUCAAUUAAAGUUUGUUUGCUUAUCUGACAACCCCAUCGAUUCUUAAUAAUCAAGAGCUUGGAAUUUGGUAUCUGUAAGCCAGCUUUGUUGGGUAAUAAAGAAUAAAAUUCUACCUUUUCUUUA